AUGUACUUGGUCAAGUGGACAUCUGUGUUUGCCCUUUGGGCUAGUCUUGCUGCUGCAGUACCAAAGUGCAAUCCUUCCCGGUACAUAACCGUCGACAUAGCCAAUGGGCCCAUUACAGGACAUGUGGCAGACAACUCACCGUGUGUUGUCGAGUAUCUAGGCAUUCCUUAUGCCAAGCCUCCUGUCAAUGAGUUGAGGUUUGCGCCUCCACAGCGUAUUACGUCGUACUCGAAGACCCCCUUUGAGGCGACAAAGUUUGGCUAUGACUGUCCUCUUUCGCCGAGCAAGAAGGUGGAUUAUCCUGAUAUGACACCUCAGGCCCAGCGGAUCAUCUCCUAUUUUGCCAGUGGUGCCGGGACUCCGCAAAGUGAAGACUGCCUCACUCUUAACAUUUGGUCAAAGGCCACGUCCAAUUCUGCCAAAGCAAACAAACCUGUGCUAGUCUUUUUCUAUGGUGGUCGGUUUGCCAUCGGAAAUACCAACAGUCCUUUUUACAGUGGCAAGUACUUUGCUGAUGCUGAGGAUAUUGUUGUCAUUACCGUCAACUACCGUGUUAACAUCUUCGGAUUCCCAGGUGCAGCUGGCGAGGUUCAGAACCUAGGUUUGCGCGAUCAACGUGCUGCCGUUGAGUGGAUUCGCGAUAACAUUUGGAAAUUCGGCGGUAACCCUUCGAAAAUCACUAUCGCCGGUCAAUCAUCCGGAGGUGUGGCUGUUGACUACUGGACCUAUGCCUACAGAAACGACACAAUAGUAAACGGCAUCAUUGCUGCAUCUGGGAAUGCGUUUAGCUUUCCCGUCAACUCUGCUGCCGUCCAGGAGAAGAACUGGGAAUCGGUUGUAUCUGCCGUUGGCUGUGACGCUGACAACGACGUAAUGACUUGCAUGCGGAAGGUCGACUGGAAGGAUAUUAAGACAGCGGCUGCUACUAUCAAACCUGCCUCCAGCUCCAGUGUUCUUCGAUCCAUCCCUCCAUUUUACCCCAAACCUGAUGGAGAAAUCGUUUUCUCGGAUUAUGUCGAUAUCACAAAAGCUGGAAGCUUUGCAAAGGUUCCCAUUCUGUUUGGUCAUAACAACAAUGAAGAUGGCUACUACCGCAUUCCUGCGUAUGGCAAUGGGAUUACACCCACUGACGCCCAAGUUCAAUCAUUCCUCCUCGAAUCCUUCACCUGCCCUGUUUCCUACCAGGCCAAGGCACGAAAAGACCACCAGGUACCUUCAUGGGUAUACCGAUACAUGACAGACUGGAAUAACACAAGACUAUUCCCUUCGAGCGGCGCAUACCAUGGUGUGGAUCUGCAUAUGAUCUUCGGCGCAUCUGGCGAUGUCAGCGGGGUUUCGCCAUCGGCAGACCAAGAAAAGCUUACCAAGAUAAUGCAGCAUGCAUGGUUCUCUUUCAGUGACAACCCUUGGUUUGGUCUCACGCAGCUCGGUUGGCCUGAAUUCGACCCAAAUCGCGAGACGUUAAUUGAACUGGGUAAGGGUUCUAAGCCCCAGGUAGACUUUACACUGCCAUCAGUCUAUGACGCGUCUUGCUCAACAGUUAAGACGGGGGCGCCUUCGACUCCUUCAUAG